AUGCCGCCCGCUGCGAGCCAGAAGGGCACCGGCAAGAAGGCCGGGCCCGGUGCCAUGCGACAGCGGAGUCGCAACACAACUCCCAGCUCCAUCACUCCGUCCGCGAGCUUGCCCCCCAUUGAAGCCGUCGAUACAGAGUAUCUCGAGCUCCGCGUCGAGCAGUUCCGCAACCUCAACUAUGACGACCUGGUCGAUCAGGGUGCGUCCAACGCCGUCAUGCCCGAUUCCAAGAGCCUUGAUGGCAUGAUCGCACGCCUCCAGCGUCUACAGGAGACCAUCGAUAGGCGUAGCAAUUUCUGCGAUAGGGGCAUGCGGAUACUAGCCAGCACGCGAAAGCAAUACAUCAACGACGUCGAAGAGGGCACUGAUGCCGCCGGAAAGGCCGAGGGUGAUAGCAAGAAGACCAGCAAGACCAACAAGAAGAAGAGAAAGGCGGCCGAUACCCUUGCACCCCCCCACGAAGGGGGAAUUGAACGAUCAUCCCCGCUUAGGGAAUCCACUAAACCACGAAAGCUUUCGCGCGACUCGGCCAGUUCUUCCUUGUCACCCGUCGCUCCUGCAACACCAUCAGCAAUGGAAGUCGACGAGAAGACGAAAAAAGAAGACAAUGAGGAGGAAGAAGAGAGUUCAGAAGACGAGGGCGCGCCGCCCAAAAAGGCGCAACCUGCCGCGCACACCUUCGGCGACGACCCCUCCACCUUCCCCGACCCGACCGUCUACGAGAUUCGCCCAACACACUCUGGUAUGUCCGAUGAAGAGUUGAAGGAGAUUUACUCGGUCGCCGUAUUCCCCAGGACCGACCUGGCCGAUGUAAUCGCUGGCGACCCUCCGGACAAGGACUUCAGUAGUGCCAAGCCCACGAACCAGAUCAGCUUUUCAACCUUCUCGACAUACUUGGAACCCUACUUCCGCCCCUUUGCCGAAGAAGACCUAGCGUUUCUCCGAGAGCGCGGCGACCGUGUUACACCUUUCCACAUGCCGAAGAGGGGCAAGAAGCAUUACACCGAGAUUUGGGCAGAGGAGGAUGGCGCCAUGGCUCUCGAUAAACCUUUGAACGGCCGCGAACAAUUGGCACCUAAUCAACCCCGUGGCGCGAUUGACAACAUGGACGACGAAGUCGCCGAGACAGACAAGCUUUCGGUCGGGCCGUUGCUGUCGCGCCUGAUGCAAGCCAUGCGACCGGAGAACCGGCCACAGGCGGACGAGGAUAAGGGCGUCAACGGCGUCACCAACGGUGACAUUACCAUGAAUGGCGGUAGUGUGAACGGGGAGAAUGGAGAGCCACAGCAGAGUUUCGGUGACGACAAGGCGCCACCGGUCCCCCCUGCAUCCUUCAUGCCGGAGUCGAACUCGGAGGCAUGGAAGAAAGCCUCGCAUCCCAAGCUGGAGUACACGCAAGUCGACGAGCGGAUCAAGCAGGAACUCAGGCAUAUCGGCUUCCUUCCUCAGGAAGGCAACUUUGAGAGCGAGUACGACGGCGCGUUCGACGACGAAGUGGCAGCCAGGCUGCGCCUACUGCAAGGCCGCUUGCGUGAACAGAUGCUCAUCAACGGCGCACGCAAGUCCCGACUUACAGAACUGGUCAAGGAGCGCAUGGCGCAUCAAGAGUACCAAACGAUUCUCGAGGAUCUCGAUACACAAGUACAGGCUGCAUACCUGAAGCGCACGCGCACUAUGGGCAAGAGCAAGAAGAACAAGCGUCCUGGCGGAGCGGGAGGUGGCAGCCAUGCCGUCGGCGGCGCGGCCGGUAUGGCGAGACCGGGAAUUGGCGACAUGACAAAGACGCUGAUGGAGCGUCGCAAGCGUUGGAUCGAUACCAUUGGAUCAGUCUUUGAUGACGAAAGCUUGGGCAAAGUUCCACGCAGCUCAGAUCCCGACUCCUCCAUCUUUCGAGCGAACGUCAUGUCAGACUUGAUGAAGAGGGAAAAGUCACAAUGGGACGAGGAAGUCGAGGAGGAGUAA